CUUCCGUCUCACGUUGAUUUCACGUUUAUGAAUGAUGUUUAGAAACUACAUGUGUGUGUCUCAAAAUUAAGAAGUAACUCCGCAACCUAACUUCUUUGCUGGGUCUGAAAACAUGGAGAAGGAUUCUCGUGUAAAGAAAAUAGCUGCACCUUCUGUGUCCCAAAUCAACGCCGAAUAUGUCACACAGCUGGCUAACAAAUAUUGGGCACCCCUUGUUAAGAAAAAAUUACCUUUCGACCCUAAGGUAAUAGAGGACAUAUAUCAGAAUGAGAUUCAGAAAUCAAAGUUUGCUAUAAGGAAAAUCAUGUUGCUGGAAUUCAGUCAGUACUUGGAGAAUUACCUUUGGGUGAACUACACACCUGAAGUGUCUAGCAACGCCUACCUCAUGUCAAUCUGCUGCAUAGUCAAUGAGAAAUUUCGUGAGAACGUGCCGGCAUGGGAGGUGUUUAAAAAAGAGCCCAAGCACUUCCCCUUCUUCGUAAAGUGUGUGAUGGAGGCCUCGCUAGCGGGCAGGGAAAAGGGCUUGUCUUUACGGGAACAGACCGUGCUCCUGCUCUUCCUUGACCACUGCUUCAACAGCCUGGAGGUGGAUCUGAUUCGUGAGCAGGUGCAGCAGCUCAUAUCUCUGCCCAUGUGGAUGUGCCUACUACCGUCCAGACUGCAGCAGGAGAUGAAGAAAGUUCCCAAGCUAAAGAAGUUCUGGAACCUCAUCAAAAAGAACUACGAGAAGCUGGACCCAAAGAGUUCUGAGCAAGCCAAAAUGGAGAGAACGUUCCUGUCGGAGCUCAUCAAGAAGUUUCUCCAGGUGCUGACGUCCAUCCCAGCGUCAGGAGCUGUUUCCAUGGAGGCCGUGCAUUACUGUGAGCGAUUCAUUGAGCUCAUGAUUGACCUGGAGGCUCUCCUGCCGACCCGUCGCUGGUUUAACACGGUCCUGGACGACUCCCACCUGGUGGUGAGCUGCCACCUGUCUCCUCUGAGUCAGAGAGAGAAGGAGGGACACCUCUUCUGUCAGCUGCUUGACAUGCUGAAGUUCUACACAGGCUUUGAGAUAAACGAUCAGACGGGCAACGCUCUCACAGCCAAAGAGAUGACAACCCUUCACUACGACAGGAUCACGUCUCUGCAGAGAGCGGCUUUCGCCCACUUUCCUGAGCUGCAGGACUUCGCCCUGUCCAACGUGGCCGCGGUGGACACACGGGAGUCCCUCACCAAGCAGUUCGGCCACCUCAGUCCCAACACUCUCCACCGGGUGGCGUCGUACCUGUGUCUGCUCCCAGAGCUGGCAGAAGGGGAAGACACCACCCACGAUAAGGAGGUCCUGCUGGAGCUUCUGGUGUCGCGCCACGAGCGGAGGAUCUCCCAGAUUGAGCAGCUCAACCAGAUGCCCUUGUACCCGACGGAGAAGAUUAUCUGGGAUGAGAACAUCGUACCCACUGAGUACUACUCUGGGGAAGGUUGCUUAGCUCUGCCGAAGCUGAACCUGCAGUUCCUGACUCUCCAUGACUACCUGCUACGGAACUUCAACCUGUUCCGCCUGGAGUCCACUUACGAGAUCAGACAGGACAUCGAGGACGUGGUGUCCAGGAUGAAGCCAUGGCAGUCCGAGUAUGGCGGUGUGGUAUUUGGCGGCUGGGCUCGUAUGGCGCAGACCAUCAUGUCGUUCUCCAUCGUAGAGGUGGCCAAGCCCAACAUCGGCGAGAACUGGCCCGCACGCGUCCGCGCCGACAUCACGAUCAACCUCAACGUGCGUGACCAAAUCAAGAACGAGUGGGAGGGCCUGCGUAAGCACGACGUGUGCUUCCUGGUGACUGUGCGGCCCAUGCUGCCGUACGGCACACGCUUCGACCGGCGCCAGCCGUUCGUGGACCAGGUGGGCCUGGUGUAUGUGCGUGGCUGCGAGGUGCAGGGCAUGCUAGACGACAAGGGCCGCGUCAUCGAGGAAGGUCCGGACCCGAAGCCCAAGCUGAGGGGAGACACCAGAACGUUCCGUGUUUGGCUGGACCCAAACCAGUACCAGCAGGAUAUGACCCACAGCAUCCAGACUGGGGCGGAGGACCCGUACGAGACCUUCAACAUCAUCAUGCGACGCAAGCCCAAGGAGAACAACUUCAAGGCUGUGCUGGAGACCAUCCGGAACCUGAUGAACACCGAGUGCGUUGUCCCUGACUGGCUCCACGACAUCAUCCUUGGUUACGGCGACCAAGGCAGCGCCCACUACUCCAAGAUGCCCAAUCAGAUCCCCACGCUAGACUUCAAUGACACCUUCCUGUCCCUGGACCACCUCAAAGCCUGUUUCCCUGAACACCAGGUCAAGGUCACGGUGGAUGACCCAGCUCUUCAGGUUCCGCCCUUCAGAAUCACGUUCCCGGAAAGCAAGAGGUCACAGGAAGUGAAGGGGAAGAAGAGGAAGGCAGAUCAGGAUGAGAGUGAGGAAGAGGAGCGGAGGAAGGACGAAGAUCAGACUCUGCUGGUGGAACCUCAUGUCAUCCCCAACCGUGGACCUUACCCCUAUAACCAGCCCAAACGGAACACCAUCCCCUUCACACCCACACAGAUCGAGGCCAUCCGAGCCGGCAUGCAGCCUGGACUCACCAUGGUGGUUGGGCCUCCAGGUACAGGAAAGACUGACGUCGCUGUGCAGAUCAUCUCCAACAUCUACCACAACUUCCCAGAGCAGAGGACCCUGAUAGUGACCCACUCCAAUCAGGCGCUGAACCAGCUGUUUGAGAAGAUCAUGGCUCUGGACAUCGAUGAGCGCCACCUCCUGCGUAUGGGCCAUGGAGAGGAAUCGCUGGAGACUGAGAAGGAUUUCAGCAGGUACGGACGUGUGAACUACGUGUUGGCGCGGCGUCUGGAGCUGCUGAGGGAGGUGGCGCGUCUGCAGGAGAGUUUAGACGUGCCGGGAGACGUCAGCUACACCUGUGAGACUGCCGGACACUUCUUCCUCUACCAGGUGAUCUCUCGCUGGGAGGAGUACAUGAGCAAGGUGAAGCCUAAAGCGGGCCGCCCGGUCAGUGCGGAGGCUGUGUCCAGUCUCUUCCCGUUCCCCAAGUACUUCCAGAACGCUCCACAGCCGCUGUUCCGCGGCCAGUCCUACGACGAGGACAUGGACAUCGCAGAGGGCUGCUUCAGGCACAUCAAGAAGAUCUUCACACAGCUGGAGGAGUUCCGAGCCUUCGAGCUGCUGCGCAGUGGUCUGGACCGGUCCAAGUACCUACUGGUGAAGGAGGCCAAGAUCAUCGCCAUGACCUGCACACACGCUGCGCUCAAGCGGCACGACCUGGUAGAGCUGGGCUUCAAGUAUGACAACAUCCUGAUGGAGGAGUCCGCUCAGAUCCUGGAGAUUGAGACGUUCAUCCCUCUGCUCCUGCAGAACCCUGAGGAUGGCUACAGUCGCCUGAAGCGCUGGAUCAUGAUCGGGGACCACCACCAGCUGCCCCCGGUCAUCAAGAACAUGGCCUUCCAGAAGUACUCCAACAUGGAGCAGUCGCUUUUCACACGCUUCGUCCGCCUGGGCGUGCCCACCGUCGACCUGGAUGCCCAGGGACGAGCCCGCGCCAGUCUGUGUAACCUGUACAACUGGCGCUACAAGCACCUAGGCAACCUGCCCCACGUCCAGCAGCAGCCGGAGUUCCAGAUGCCCAACCCCGGGCUCACCUACGACUUCCAGCUGAUCAACGUGGAGGACUUCAACGGCGUGGGCGAGUCCGAACCCAACCCCUACUUCUACCAGAACCUGGCGGAGGCGGAGUAUGCUGUGGCGCUCUUCAUGUACAUGAGGCUGCUCGGUUACCCGGCCGACAGGAUCAGCAUCCUCACCACCUACAACGGCCAGAAGCAUCUCAUCCGAGACGUAGUCAACCAGCGCUGCGCCAGAAACCCCUUCUUCGGACAACCAACAAGCAGCGACUGUGUUGCGUUGGCCUCUCACGUUAGCAGCGACUGUGUGUUGCGUUGGCCUCUCACGCAGACAUCUGUGCGGCUUGAUGGAGCUCCUCGCUGUCGACUGUUGGCCAAACUCUCCGCCGUGACCACAGUGGACCGGUUCCAGGGUCAACAGAACGACUACAUCAUCCUCUCACUGGUGCGCACCAAAGCUGUGGGACACUUGAGGGAUGUGCGGCGUCUGGUGGUGGCCAUGUCUCGAGCCCGUCUGGGUCUCUACAUCUUUGCCCGAGUGUCUCUGUUCCAGAACUGCUUCGAGCUGACGCCAGCCUUCAACCAGCUCACAGCCAGACCCAUGCAGCUGCACAUUCGCCCUAAUGAGUACUUCACUGAGCCGACUGGAGAUCGCUCUUCUCAGCCCGACCAAGCGAUCAAGAACAUGCCGGAAAUGGCCAACCUGGUGUACAACAUGUACUUACACAUGAUGCAGCGCACCCAACAGUACAGACAGCAGCAGCAGCAGUUGCUGCCUCCUCCUCGUCAGGUGCGGGAGACGGUGGCAGAACCAGCAUCUGAAGAGGCCGAGCCAGAAGCAACCGCAGAGGCCAAGCCAGACCCAGCCGCAGAGGCCGAGCCGGACCCAGCGGCGGACCCAGCCGAAGAGGCCAAGGAGGGGGCUGAUCCUGAGCCCCCGCAGCCAAUGGAGGUCGAGCCCAGUGCCACAGGCAGCCAAUCAGCAACCCCCGCACCCGUCCAAGGGGAACCCCAAGAGGAGGAGCACCCCAAGAUGCCAGAACACCCUGGCCGAGACAGCGACAGCGAGUACAGUGAAGAGGACGAGGAGUAGACACACACACACACACACACACACACACACUGACACACACUGACACACACCCCAACCUGGCUGACAACAAACAGGACAAGGAAUAGCCACAUGCACAUGCCAUGACCAAGAAUCUUCCCGCCACAGCCAGUGAUUUGCUUCUUUCUGGCUGAGUUGCUUCUUUCUUGCUGAUUUGCUUUAGUUUUCUCUACUUGGGGAUCGGGAACUCACAGAAGAUUUGUUUUCUACUGUUUGUAACAUGUCCUUUUUUUAAUAAAGAUAUAAAAUUAGA